AAUUUGUUUAUUUUUCAUAGACCUUGAGGAUUUUAGACACUAUCUUGAAAAGCGUUUUGAUUUUGAACAAGUUACUGUAAAAAAAUUCAGAACCUGGGCUGAGAGACGACAGUUCAACCGUGAAAUGAAGCGGAAGCAGGCAGAGUCUGAGCGGCCUAUUCUGCCAGCCAAUCAGAAACUCAUUACCUUGUCUGUGCGAGAUGUACCUACAAAGAAAGAAUUUGUUAUUAAUCCCAAUGGGAAGUCUGAAGUCUGCAUACUGCAUGAAUAUAUGCAACGAGUCCUAAAGGUCCGCCCUGUUUACAAUUUCUUUGAAUGUGAGAACCCAAGUGAGCCUUUUGGAGCUUUGGUGAUUAUUGAUGGAGUGACUUAUGGGGCAGGAACUGCAAGCAGCAAAAAACUCGCCAAGAAUAAAGCUGGUAACAUACAUACUUCCAUUGAAUUGCUAUGAUUGUCUGGUUGUACCUCUGUCUUGUAGAUGAUUGGUUAACAGCAAUGAAUAGCAUUAAAUUAAGCUUUUUCAGUACUCAAUACUCAAAUGACAGAUAUAUUUGUGUACAUUUUUGUUG